GUAAAAUGGCGGAUAAAGCUCCUAGGACGAUUAGGAAUGGAGUAAACAGAAUGGAACAGUCACAAAGUGCUAAACGACAGCCUGUAAACUAUAAAGAAAAUGAAAACCGAGCCAGGCAAGACAAAGCCGAGGGACGGAAAACAAAGCCAGAGUUGGCACUCUACCGUCCCGGCAUGGGACUGGCACAGAAGGCCAGACAGGAGGCGCGGGACUCCAAGCCACCCGACGAGCAGGUGACCGCGGCAUUCAAGGAGAUGCACUUAAAGGACGGCCCUGCGGGCAGUCGUCGCUGCAAGCGUCCGGACCAGCAGGUGUACGUCCCGAAGCACCUGAAGAGCGAGCAGGCCAGCGCUCGGAUAAUGGAUUCGCGGAACGCGAACCUGGAGAACGCCGCCAGUAUCAGGGUGCCGGUGGCAGAGGCCCUUCCCAGGAGUGUGCAGAGUAACGACAGGACACCCGGAACCCCUACGGCAGAAACUCCGAUCAGAAGAGACACCGUGCCACACGCGCCAUCUACCAGAUGGUCGCACAAGGACAGCGGGGAUUCUGUGAAUGCCUUCAAAUCCGAGAACAACUGCAACAUCCAGCAACACUGUAGUCCCGCGGGUGACGGCCUCGUCGUCACAAACGCGGAAAGAACAGACGGCAGACGGAGACCCGCGGCGCAAAAGGAAGACUGUAGGACGCGGAGAUCGGCACCGUUAAGCAGGGAGCCGCCGAGGCACGUUGCACCACCGAGGCAGAGGACACUCAGCUACGGCGACCACGCGGAAGACGUGCUUCCUCAUUCCGCGAGGACGAGCGGAAGAAAGAAAAAGCACAGACCCAAGGAGGAGAGGGGCAAGUGCAUCGCCAAUGGGAUCUGCAACAAGUCGCACGGUGCAGCCGAAGAAGAUUGGGAGGGCGACCUCUUAGUGGUAACAAACACGGCUUUUGCGUCGCAGACGAGAAUGGACACGUUGAACGUCGACAGUCUGAGUGAACUAACAGCCUCCUCUCAACACGGCGACCUCACAAAGAACGAGAGCAGCAGAAGCCCCGCGGAAAACGCGGACGAGCACAUCGUUUCGAAGUCGCCGGAAUUCAUCAAGGACUGGAGCGCCGUGGUCGCGGAAGAAGACGACCGACUGUGCUGCUCCCCCGUGGAGAGCCUGCAGAACGACCGGACCGAACCGUUACCGGGACCAGAUACGAGGCGCAGGAACAGCGGGGGCGACGCCGUUCGGAGGCCGAGCGAAAGCGCGAAAGUCGGCAAGAGCUCGGACCAGCAGGUUCCGCCGCGCUUCCAGAAGAAGGUCCCCACCACCCCGAGUCCGCCGAGGCUGGAGGCCGGAAAGGCGGGUCUCCUCCGCAUCCCCAGCAGCGUGCGUCUCGGAGAGGGCGAGGAGGGCUCGGUGCAGGACAAGCCCCUGAUCGCAGUGAAGCCCCAGCCGCAGGUCCCCGUGGGCGGCGGUUACGGCCGCGGAACGCCGUCCGUGUACAGCCCGCCGUACGAUAUGGCCCCCUUGCUGCAGUACGCGGGCACGGUGCCCUGCGGGUACCAGCAGGGCGCGCCGGGAUCUGGGAUAGUUCCCGUCUACCACAGCGACCAGGUCAUGGCGCCUGACGUCUACGGCCGCAGUCGGAUCAAACCACUUGUAGAGAAGAAUCUCCACGAUGCGGCCCUGCUAGAGAGGGAGUUCAUGACCUACCUGUCAAAGGGGAUUCAGAACACGGACAUGAAGGCUAUGGGCCAUUGCAGAUGGAAGCUGCAGCUGCGCUACGAGAAUGUCAUUCUGGCCGACCCCCGCUACUGCGCUGAACGCAAUGUGGAGCAAGCCCUGUGGAAAUCCGCUUUCUACCACGGCAUCGAGACCUUCCGUCGUGCCAUGGAAGAGUGCCCCGAGCACAGGGAAGAGGCAAAGAUGCACUUGCUGGCGCUUGUCGACGAGGGCACAAUUUUCUACGAGAACUUGCUGGACAAGUUCCAGGAGACGUACGGCUUCAGCCUGAAGCCCUUUUUGGAGGCCGAAGGGGCGCCGCGGCCCCCAGGGUUGCCCGACUCUGUGCGGCUCGUCCUGAUUUCGGCGCAGAAGAUCUACAUCUGCCUGGGCGACCUCGCUCGUUACCGGGAGCAGGCACUCGGUACCACGAACUACGGACGAGCCCGAAAUUACUACCUCAAGGCACAGCAGCUCGCACCGAAAAACGGUCGACCUUACAACCAACUUGCCAUCCUCGCUAUAUAUGCGAGGCGCAAACUGGAUGCGGUGUACUACUACAUGAGAAGCCUCGCAGCGAGUAAUCCAUUCCUGACCGCAAGGGAGAGCUUGCUGGCAUUGUUCGAUGAGGCGAGGAAGAAGUACGAGCACAUUGAGAAGAAGCGUCAGGAGGAAAAAACGAAGCAGCCAGAGAGCCAGCUCAUUCGCCGGUUGUCCCAGUGCGGGGACGAGCGGCUGGAGGUGUGGAUCCGGCCAGACGGAACCAGUUCCCACCGGAGCAGUCGAGAUCUUCCCGAUGAUGGCCGGGGUGACGAGCUUGGGGAGCUCGAUAGGUUGUCUACUGUUGAGCUGAACAAGCGGUUCGUGCUUAGCUUUCUGCACGUACACGGAAAGCUCUUCACAAGGGUCGGAAUGGAAACCUUCUCAGAGACUGCCCAAAGGAUGCUGAUGGAGUUCCGCUGUCUGUUGCAACGUUCCCCUGCCGCCGUGGCAUCUGCGAGGCACCUGCAGCUUCUGUCCAUCAACAUGUUCACUGUGGCGAACACAUCCCUUAAAGAUAGCAACCUGGAUCCUCAGUGUCGGUCACUACUUCAGGAGCAGAGCUUACAGGUGACUCUUGCGCACGUGGCCAUCCUGUUAGAGCGUGCAGCAGCCCUUGUUGAGGAACAGGAGUCCAAUGAGGGACAGUCGCUACCCGAUGAUCUUCUAGAGUUGUUGCCCUGUCUCAAAGUGUGGACAGACUGGAUGUCUUGCCAAAAGCGGCUAUGGUCACCACCUCCAACGCCUUGCGACUACAACACCAGUGUCAAGGGCAACGUGUGGACAACGCUGGCUGAAUUGCUGACGGUCCUGAGGAAUGCCAAUCUGGGUCACAUCAAGUUUUUCAAGGAGCCUGCCGAAGAUCGUGAACUGGUAACCCUGCCCGAGGACUCUACUUUGGCUGGCUUUGUUCCCCUCUUGGGAGCUCCACAGGAGAACUACUACGUCCAGGUUCCUUGCAACAAAGAACAAGUGCGGAACUAUCUGCGGAUAAGUCGCAUCCAGUUCUUCGGGGACUAUCUCUGUGGGAUAUCGACACCGUACUUAGAGUUCAACGUUGAGAAGAAGCGCUUUGUAUCCCUUAUCACUGUCUCCGACGAAGACACAGACUCUGAAAAGGAGAUCACCUUUGACUCGUCUGACGAUGACCUUGACAUGUGCGACUCCCUGGAAGACCAGGAAGUGCCACUUAACUGUGAUGAAGACAGUGAGAUUCAGAAGCUGUGGUCCAAAAAAGAGCAGCUGCGUAAAGCAAAGGACCAGCGGGACCGGCAUCAGGCCUGCGUCCAGGCUGUGUUGCAGGAGCACCGCAACAAGCAGGCUACGAUGCUGGAGAUCCGACCCCGUUACCUGUUCCCAGACACCAACUGCUUCAUUGACCACCUGCCACUUCUGCAACGGCUCGUGGCAGACGGGCAUUUCCACGUCUAUGUUCCACUCGUCGUGAUUAACGAGCUGGAUGGCCUGACGAGAGGGACACGGCAGAGUAUGCACCAGAGUGUGGAACACCUGCACAAGGUGGCCACCACAGCCAAGGCAGCACUCAACUACCUGGAGGACCGCUUCAGCCACCGCGAACCCAAACUUCGUUGCGUCACCUCCAGAGGUUCCAUCCUGGACACCAUCUGCUUCCGUAGCGAGGAUGUCAGUGACAACAAGGGUACAAACGAUGAUCUCAUUCUUUCAUGCUGUCGGCACUACUGCAGCGACAGACCGGACCACCUCUUGCCGAGGGAGUUGGAUGCUCCCCUGAAGCUGUACAGAGAAGCUGUUCUCAUCACGGAGGAUCGCAACCUCUGCGUCAAGGCCCUCACCCACCACGUCCCGGUGCGAGACCUUCCGUCCUUCCUGCGCUGGGCGAACAUCAGCUCCUGAACGUCAGUCAUCCUGACCCCUCGACUCGAAAAACGGCAAAGCGGUGCAGCGGGAGCGACGUUCUGUAAGAUUGUCACUCUCCAGGCGCGCACCGUCGUGACCUCCUCGAGGUCGCAGUGUACGGAAUAAAACACCUUUCUUUAUGCGUUACGUCACGAGGACCAAAAGUGUGGUCCAUGGUCCAGCCAGCCUCCUACGCUUUUAAAUGUUUGUGCCUAUUCGUAAGAACGUACCGGCAACAUAUGACUGGUGAGCACUCGGAAUGCUGGCAGUGUGCUUUCACCUGCAUUGUCACGCUCAUGGAAAAAGUAAUGUGAAAUUAAGCGUUCGGACACUUUGCACUUUUUUUUUUUUAAAGUGUUUCGCAAAAAAAUGGGCCGCUUCUUGAGUACGGUCCCAGUUGCUUCUGCACGCCAUUGGGUGACUGGCCUAGAGCAAUAGAAAUGUGCUUGCCCGCAGGUGGCGACUGCAACCUUCUUUCGUUUUGAAGCCCCACCUGUCGGCAAUUGAGGGAGACGAUAGGCAUGGAGUACUGUGUGUGAGCUUGACUGGCGUGAUGUGUUUGCGCGUCUCAGAGUAGUUCAGACGACUUAAGUCCCUCCUUCACUCACGCAAAACGUUGUGCUUGUGCACCAUAAAUAAUAGAGUGGGUGUAGCCGUGGGAACCUCCGCCGUUGCACAGGCGCUCACCCGUUUAUGCCUUAUGAGAUGGUGUGUGUGUGUUUCAGGACAAAUACUCAGGAUUUUUAUACCAUCUCGUCGAUUGUUGCAGCCUUGUUCCAGCGUUUCCAAGGGCCACGUUGGUUGGGCCCGUAUCUUGUGUUGUUGUACAUGCGGAUACUCUUUUUGUUGCUCGUAGUAUAUUAGUAAUGGUUGUGAUUCAUGUACAGAGAGAGAGCACUUCUGAUUCCUUUGCCUGGCAUGGAAAAUGUCUCUCAUUUGAUCGACCUUCCCAUUGCAGCAUUUCGUGGAGCAUUCUGUUUUACUGUACAUUUCAUUGCACUUACUGAACAUGUGGUGAUUAAACUUCAGCAUGCAUGUCCCAUAA